GGUUACCAGAUGGAGAGGAGGCCUCAGAGGUGCUCAGCUGUGACGUCUGGAAGGAGCCUCUGCCUCUCGGUUCAGAGCGGUUGAGAGCGUUGCUGCGAAUCAACAACUUCAGGGACGAGCUGCGCGCCCUCAGGCACCACUUCCUGGGCACCAGAGAGCUCAGGGUGGUGACAGCCACAUGGAACGUGGCGGGCAUAUCGGACCCGCCUUCCCACCUGGACCUUACGGACUGGCUCUCCCUGCAGCAACCUGCCGACAUCAUUGCCAUUGGCUUCCAGGAAAUAGUGCCUCUGAGCACGGGCAGUGUGUUGGGGAUGGACUCAGAGGAGGCGGUGGGGCAAUGGGAGGCCCUAGUGCGCCGCCAGCUCAACACUGCCGCUGCCAAAGCCGCCAGAAAAGCCGCUGCCAAGGCUGCGUCCAGAGGCUCAAGCAAGGCUGAUGAACCCGUAGAGGGGGUGGUUGAUGGGGCAGAGCAGGCAGUGACAGACGGAGGCAGCAGGGCCGGUGAUGAUGAGACAAACAGCACAAGCAGUAGCAGCGGUGUGCAAGGGAGGGCCACGCCUCCCCCGUCUCUGACCAGCAGCAGCGACCUCUCCUUCCACACCAGCAGCUUUCGCCUCCCCUCCUCCGCUUCUGAUGCCUCCAAAGGGUCGCUUGAAGACUCUUCUGCUGCUACUGCUGCAGCUGCAGGGCAUCUUGUGGGCUCCUUGAGUCCAGCUGACGCUGGCGCUGCUGUUCCUGCCACACCUGAGUGGGGCGGGGAUGCUCUGCAGCAGGGGGAACGUGCAGAUAAGGCACCCCUGGAUAAGAUCCUGCCCGAGGAUUUGAUCAGCGUGCCGCUCACUCCUGCCGAGCCCAUCUUUGCAGAUGGAGGUGAAUAUGGUGGGGAGGGGGGUGGCGAUGGCGGGGAGGGGAGGGGGGAUGUGCAGGCGAGUGAGGGAGGGGUGGUAGGGAAGGUUGGGGAAGGGGAAGGUGGAAGGGAGGAUGCAGCAACGGGAGGGGAAGAGGGGGGGAGGGGAGCAGAGAUGGAGGAGGAGUGGGAGGGAGGGGAGGUGGAGGAGGCAUAUGUGAAGGUGGCGGGGAGGCAGAUGGUGGGGGUGUAUCUGAUGGUGUGGGCACGGAAGGGACUGAGGAGGCACAUUCAUAGCGUCAAGGCUAGCACUGUGGGCUGUGGGCUCAUGGGCAUUCUUGGCAACAAGGGCUCUGUGGCAAUAAGCAUGUCGGUGCACGAGACCUCAUUCACCUUCAUCUGUGCGCAUCUCAAUGCCGGGGAGGAGCGUGCCGACGCCGCUCGCCGCACCUUUGACUUCCUCGAGAUUCUCCGCCGCACCGCCUUCCCUAGAGAACUGCCAGAUCCGUGGACUGCCAGGCUGGCAGAGACCAUCACUGAACACGACCGUGUGUUUUUCUUUGGCGAUCUCAACUACCGCCUGGAGCUACCGGAUUUGGAGGCACGCGCGCUGCUGGCAAAGAGGGAUUGGGAGGCGCUGCUGCAGCAUGACCAGCUUCGGUGGGAGCUCUCAGAGGGAGGGGCAUUACCCGGAUGGCGAGAGGGCCCUAUUUUCUUCGCCCCAACCUACAAGUACGCAGCGGGCAGCAACCGGUACGUGGGGGAGGACGAGGAGGACGGGGAGAAGCGCCGCACGCCCGCCUGGUGCGACCGCGUCCUCUGGUACGACUCGGGUGACGCCACUGACAGCCUCCCCCCCCCCAGCAUCAGCAGCCCCAGCCCCAGCACCAACACCACCACCACCGGGAUCGCCAGCAGCGGCAGCAUGAGCAGCAUGGGGGGGUAUGCGAGUGAUGCGCUGCAGCUUGUGUCGUACUCGCGGGCGGAGCUGGCGCUGUCGGACCAUCGGCCGGUGGCGGCGGUGUUUGCAGUGCAGGUGGAGGCGGUGGAGAGGGAGCGGUUCGAUGCUGCCGUGGCUGUGGCGUGCCGGCAGCUGGACGAGCGGCAGCAACUCGCCAUUCCGCAUUUCUCUCUCAGCGCUCAUGCCGUGGAAUUUGGAGAGGUGCCCUACGCGUCUGUGAUCCGGCGAACCAUAGAGCUGCACAAUCUUGGCACGGUGCCCGCGCGCUUCUCCGUGGCCCCGGCAGGCAGCACGGACACCGCUGCCCCCGGCCCUGCUGGGGGGUGCGGGGCAUGGGUGGUGGCGGAACCAGCAGCAGCGGCAGUGGCGCCAGGGCACACGGUGACCCUCAGCCUGCACACCUGGAUGGCAGUGCCGGGCACAAGGGUGGAUUUGCUGGUGGAUCGCGGCGGGCUGCUGGAUUUGAUUCUGGUGGUCGCGAUUGCGGGCGGCGGGGACCUGUUUGUGGCGUGCUCGGGGAGCUACGUGCCAUCCUGCUGGGGCUUGCGUUCCCUUUCAUUCACCCCACCCGGCAUUCACCAUGCCACGCCACUCAUUCUAGAAGCUUUGGCGGGUCACCACGGCCGCAGCGGUCCUACCUACCCUCAGCCGCGGGGGCCACACCACUCUCUCCUCUCCACCAGCACCCCUACCCUCAAGCCCUUCUCGUCAACCCCUUCAUUUUUCCUGCCACCACUUUCCCUCCUCCCUCAUUCCCCACUCCAAGCCUCAAGGACCACCUCCUCCCUCCUCUCGAACAACCCCUUUCUCCUCCCUUUCCCGCUUCACUCCGUUCUUCCCUACCGCAUUUCUCCUGUCAACCCCCUCCCCCAUUCCUCACCGUCUAGUCUGAACGCCCGGACAUGCUCUCUUCCCAUGUGCCAUGUUCCUGCCUUUGCUCCCCCUCCCCUCACAUUCGUUAUUCCCUAUCUCAUUUCUCCUGCCACCUCGCCCUUGCCCCUUCCCUCCUCCCCACCCCAUAGUCUGGAGGCACUGGCAGGUCUAAAGGACCCCAUCCGCUCGCUCUCUCUCGACGCCAUCGCCACACGCCAGCGCUCCUCCCUCCGCUACAGCCGGGCUACAGCUGCCCCUGCUGCUGGCGGUCACCAGGCCAGCAUCCCAGAAGCUUCCGAAACCGACCCUGACAAUGACUCCGCUGUUGCAGGCGGGGAGGACGAUCGGCCGCUAGGAGCAGCGGCACGGGCAGCAGCGCCCCAUGCAUCAGACGCGUUUGAGGUGCCCAAGGAGGUGGCCCGCAUGCUCACCUUCCUUCUGGACUCAGGCCAGGACAUCUCCUCCGCCUUUGACCCUAUCGCUCUCGGUAUUGAUCUCUCUCUCGACCAGGAGGACAGCACUCGCGCCGUGGGUGCAGCAGCAGGGGCAGUUGGAGCAGCCGCAGCAGACCUUGCAGCAGGAGGAGCCACAGGAGCAGGAGGGGGAGGAGGUGGAGCAGGAGGAGCAGGAGCAGGAGCAGGGGAAGGGGAAGGGGAAGGGCCGGGGUCGACGCAAUUUUUAGCGGCCAAGGCAGCAGCACUGGGUGCAGUAGCUCAGGAGCUGCAGAUAGCACCCAUCCGUCUCGCACUCGACACCAGCACACCCUUCCCCACCGAAACCUCCCCCCUCACCAUGGCGCGUGCGCUUGUCUCUUUCCUUCUAGCCCUCCCUGAGCCUAUAAUUCCUCCGGCUGUGGGGGAGGAGGUGGCGUGUAGGGAGGGGUGGGCACGGGGGGCCGCGGCUACGCUGCUGGCGGAGCGGUUGGGUGCGGUGCAGCUGGGUGUGGUGGACUCGCUGCUGGCGCUCAUUCAGGCGCUGCUGCGGAACCGCAUUGCGAAUCGACUCGCUAUUCAUGAACUAGCUGCCAUCCUGGCCUACUGCCUCUUUGGUCCCGUGCCCGCGUUCACAAAUGACGAGAUGGGGAUUGCGACCGCCACGGAUGCCGUGAGGAUUGUGAAGCGCCGGAGACGAUUCAUGCGCUUGCUGAUUGAGGAUACUCGGCUCCGUUCCAAGUGA